CAUAAAAUUAUACUACUUCCCCUUCCCCUUCCACCCAAAUCAGUACACACACAUCUUUACAAAUUAGGGCUUAAUUUUUUCUUCAAUUAAAAAAAAUAAAAAUGGAUCACCAUGUAAACGAAGAUGUUAACGCACCUCACUCAAUGGGAACGACGAUCAUCGGCGUCACUUACAAAGAUGGCGUCAUUCUCGGUGCCGAUUCCCGUACUAGCACAGGAUUGUAUGUGGCGAAUAGGGCGUCUGAUAAGAUUACACAGCUGACUGAUAAUGUUUACAUCUGUCGGUCUGGAUCGGCUGCAGAUUCUCAAAUUGUCUCAGACUAUGUUCGAUAUUUUCUUCACCAGCACACGAUUCAGCUUGGUCAACCUGCCACUGUGAAAGUUGCUGCAAACCUUGUCAGACUUUUAUCUUACAGCAACAAGAAUAUGUUGCAAACGGGUAUAAUUGUCGGCGGAUGGGACAAAUAUGAAGGGGGUAAAAUAUAUGGUAUCCCUCUUGGUGGAACAAUUCUUGAGCAGCCAUUUGCCAUUGGAGGAUCUGGCUCCAGUUAUUUAUACGGGUUCUUUGAUCAAGCUUGGAAGGAUGGGAUGACCAAGGAAGAGGCUGAGCAACUGGUUGUUAAGGCUGUUUCACUAGCUAUAGCACGAGAUGGUGCCAGUGGAGGUGUCGUUCGCACUGUCACUAUAAACUCGGAGGGGGUUACAAGGAACUUCUACCCAGGUGAUCAGCUUCCCCUAUGGCAUGAUGAAGUGGAGGCACACAAUUCAUUGUUGGACAUUCUCAACGCACCAAAUCCCGAGCCAAUGAACAUCUAGACUUUCUGAUUGUGAUAUUCUACUCAACAGAACUAGUCUGGGAUGCAAUUCUCAACUGUUAUUUUAGUUAUUUUCAGCUAAAGUACUGUUGUACUCCUGAUUACAAAUUUUACUUUUUAGUUGAAGUUUCACCCAACUUUUAUGGAUUGUAUUCUGUUUAUUUCA